UGAUGCGCGGGCGACCGCACGGAGGUGAUGCAUUAUUGUGGAAUAAAAGUGUCUAUAAGAAUGUGUCGGAUGUUUAGUGCGUUAAUCCGUGUAUUUGUGCGAUAAUAAUAAGUAUGCAGUCUAUGUCAUGUUUAGUAUUUACUGUCUAUAUGCCCACGGAUAAAUCGGAUAUUAUCACGGAUUUCACAGAAUGCCUUAGCGCGAUAAGCCUUGCGCGCCUCAAGAAAUAUACAAUCGUUCGGGAAUAUGUGUCUGCAAUGCAACAUAUUGCGAUACAAUCACGAAAGAAACUGUAAAUCCCGGCAGAUUUAUGGCGUAUACGUCGUCAGAGAAUGGAUUGCGUUUCCAGAAAGUAACCUCGCUCAUCGAAGUAUUUCGUAAAUUAUCCGAUUGUUCUACGACAAUAGAACUGGAUCCCACGACUAAAUACCAGACUAUACAUGGUUUCGGAGGCGCUGUCACCGAUUCUGCGGGCUUCAUUUGGAACAACAUUCAAGAUGAAGGCCUAAAGCAAGCUUUGAUUGAUUCAUACUUCAGCGAUACUGGAUUAGAGUACAACAUGAUUAGAACACCGAUAGGAGGUAGUGAUUUUUCAAGCCGCGCAUACACUUUGAACGACUAUCCUCUCGAUGAUAAGGAGCUCGGAAACUUCAGUUUAACCUACGAAGAUUACAAUUAUAAGUUGCCAAUGAUAAAAGCUUGCAUAGCUGCAGCGAGCUCGCAGGUCUUCAUGGUUGGAACAACGUGGUCACCUCCAGCGUGGAUGAAGACUUCCGGAUCAUUAACGGGCGUUGGUUUUCUUAAGGAAGAGUAUUUUGAGGCGUAUGCUAAUUACCACAAGAAGUUCCUAGAAGAAUACAAAAGGAACAACAUUUCUUUUUGGGCUAUAACUACCACAAAUGAACCUUUGAAUGGUGUUGUAGAUCUACCGGACUUCAAUUGUCUUGGUUGGACAAUCGAGGGGAUGGGUUCAUGGAUUGUUGAUUAUCUAGGACCGACAAUCAAGAAUUAUGAUUCCACAAUUAAAAUUCUUGGUAUUGACGAUCAAAGGAAUACACUACCUAUUUGGUUUACAGCAGUAAUAUUGAAGCGUCCCGAAGUUGCGCAGGUUCUUGAUGGGAUCGCCCUCCACUUUUAUUUUAACGAUAUAACGCCGCCUUCAAUGACAACGACGGUUCUUAAAGACUAUCCAGACCUUUUCUUAAUAUCCACGGAGGCUUCGAUUACGGAGACAAAGGGUGUUGACCUCGGCUCUUGGGACGGCUUAGAGAAGUACGCUGUUUCUUUAAUACAGGACUUGAACUAUAACUACACCGGUUGGAUAGAUUGGAAUUUGUGUCUCGAUACUGAAGGUGGUCCAAAUUGGGUCAAAAAUUAUGUCGACUCGCCGAUCGUUGUCGACGCGGAGGCAGGUGUCUUCUACAAGCAGCCGAUAUUCUAUGCUAUGGGUCAUUUCUCGAAGUUCAUCCCUAGAGGCUCGAGGAGGAUCAAGUCUACGGAGAAAUAUAACUGUUCAAACGCUUUGAAACACGUAGCCUUUUUGACACCAGAAAAUACUAUCGUCGUGGUUCUUCUUAACGAAGAUAACAAAGACAGAGUUAUUCGUUUGAAGUUCGGUGACAAUCAAGCGAAGGUGCUUGUCGAGGGAAAGUCUAUAAUCACCGUCGAGUUCAACAACGAAGUUCAAGACGAUUCUUGCGACUGUGAUUGAUUGCGAAUAAACAGAAUCUAAUAAAGUUU